CUGCGCCGCCAUGGAGGAAUUGGAGAGAAAUUCCGCGGCGGCAGCGCUCCUGCGCCUUCGGUCGCAGCAAUUCGAUGACAAGGAAGCGAUCGCGAAGCCCAAUCUGGAGCUGGGCUCAUCGAUUGGAGUGGAGAUUGCGCGCGAUGAGAUUCUUCCAGUGGAUCUCCUGGCGCAUUGCUUGUUACAGUUAUCUUCCUUCCGGGACAUGGCCAUGGUGAAUCUCGUGUGCAAGAAAUGGAGGAGCGCCAUGCGGCAAUCGCUGGCAUAUCGCAAGCGAUUGAGCUUCGCGGGAUGCCGUGUCGACGAUGUCUCGGUCGCCAAUCUUGUGAAUCAAGCGCUCAAUCUCUUGGAUCUCGACAUGUCCGCUGGAACUUGGGGCUGCCAGAUCACAGACAUUGCGCUCGUUGCCAUCGCGGAUUCUAGCUGCUGCCCCAAUCUCCGCUCGAUUUCCUUGUGGGGUGUCACGGCAAUCACUGAUCAAGGCGUCGCGGCGCUGGUCUUUCGAGCCAAAUCGCUCGAGAAUCUCAAUGUGGGUGGCACUUUCAUCACCGACGCGUCCCUCCUCGCCAUCGCCACGCAUUGCCGCUCUCUCAAGGCGCUCAAUGUGUGGGGAUGCAAAUUCGUGACGGAGAAAGGGCUCCUCCACCUCGCGCGAGGAUGCCCAAGCCUCCAAUCGCUCAACGUCUUUGGCAUCAAGGUCACCAAUCUCUUCUUCCACUCCCUGGCAGCACUGAAUUCGCAGCUCCAGAUCAAACCAGCCCCAUCGCUAUAAAGCCAUUCUAUUCUUUGCUCGAUCGAUCCUCUCGAUCGAUUGAGCUAUGAGCUCCGUGCUAGAAUCCUCUCUACUCCUCCGGCAGUGUGGCGACUCGCGAGAUCUAGCUCGCGGGAGGGAAAUCCACCGGCAGCUCGUCCAAUCCGGCGAGGAUCGCCAGACAUUCCUGGGCAAUUUGAUAAUCCUCAUGUAUGGGAAGUGUGGAAGAACAGAAGACGCGAUCCAGGCAUUCCACAGGAUCCGCCACACAAACAUCUACUCGUGGACGAAUCUUAUCGCCGCGCUCGCGCGAAGCGGUGAUCUCGAUCGAGCGCAGUCGGCGCUCCAUUCGAUGCCCGUGAUCGAGAUCGUGGCGUGGAACACGAUCAUCACCGCAUAUGCCCAGCAAGGGCAUCCGCGAAGAGCCCUGCAUCUCUUCGAGAUCAUGGAUCUAGAAGGGAUUGUGGGCGAUGGAAUCACGCUCUUGGGCGCGAUCGAGGCAUGCGCCCAGCUCCAAUCCCUCUCGCGGGGACGGCAAAUCCACGCUCGGAUUGUCAGCCUCGGGCUGGAUAGAUCCGAGCUCCCACUCGCGAAUUCGCUCAUCAAGAUGUAUUCGCGAUGCGCUAGCGUAAGGGACGCGAAGAGGGUCUUUGAUGGGAUGAUCCACCGCGAUCUUGUGUCGUGGAACACGAUCAUAGCAGCACUUGCCACGAACGGGCAUUUGGAUCUUGCGCUACAGGCUUUUAACCGGAUGAAUCAAAGAGACCGAGCGUCCUGGAACACGAUGAUUGUGGCGUUCUCGCAACUGGGCGAUCACCGGCGAUCCAUGGAAUUUCUCGCGAGCAUGGAUCUGGAAGGGAUCGAGCCGGACGAGAUCACGUUCCUGGGCGGAUUGGAAGCUUGUGCGGGGCUCACGGCAAUUGCCGAAGGGAAGCUCCUCCACUCGAGCAUCCAGCAAUGGGGGCUAGACUCGCGACUCCAAAUCUCUACAUCCUUGAUCACAAUGUAUGGCAAGUGUGGCGAUCCAGAACUAGCUCGAUCGAUCUUUGAUAAUUGCAAUUCCCGUGAUUUAAUCUUUUGGAACGCAAUGCUUGCAGCUUAUGCCAAGAACGGGCAUCUGGUGCAAGCGCUCGAUCUCUUCUGGCAAAUGGAUCUAGAAGGAAUCGCAAAGAGCGCUGCGACGCACGUCAAUCUCCUCGCAGGACUCAGCCAUGGAGGGACACUCCGCGAUGGGAUCGAGUUCUUCCUGGCCAUGAGCGCUGAUCACAGCGUGGAGCCGGGAUACAAGCACUACUCCUGCGUGAUCGAUCUCCUAGCCCGCACUGGCAAGUUGGGUGAUGCCCACGACCUCCUCCUCGCCAUGCCCUUCUAUCCUGACGUGAUCUCCUGGACGACCCUGCUGACCGCUUGCAAGCUCCACAAGGACAGUAAUCGAGCUGCCGCAAUAGCUAGGGAAAUCGGCUCCUCCCAGAACGUAGUCGUUUCAAUCGCGAAUUUCUAUGUCCAGGAUACUUGAUCUAUAAAAGAGACCUUCAUCAGAUGAUAGUAAACUUCUGCAAAAUUAUUGACUGAGUUGUUUGUAUUCUGUUUUGAGUGGGAGUUCUAUCUACUUUGUUAUUAGAAACUCCUCCUUCACAUUUCUCCAUGUGAUGGAGUUUUUUAACGAAGUGCCACCCAAUCCAAGGAGCUAGAAAA